ACCAGAGCGAGAGCCGGCACGGCGAUGGGCUCUGCUCUUCACCUCCUCCUCCUGUCUCUCUGUGUCGGGAUGAUCCAUGGAGAUGGUUUCACAGUGAACCAACCGGGUCGACUGGAGGGUGUGGAAGGGGGAUGGGUCGACAUCCCGUGUACAUUCACUUACCCAGAUACACACACACCCACACGGUAUGACAUUACCUGGAGAAGAAACGAGUUUCACGGGGAAUUUAUCUUCAAUAUGUCUCUGGGAUACACUCACCCUGAAUACCGAGGGCGAAUUCAAUUCCUGGGAGAUCCGGCCAAGGAGAGGACAGGGACCAUCCGGAUAAAGCAGCUGAGAACAAGGGAUACAAACCGUUAUUUCUGUCGGGUGGCGAUAACAGGAAAUCGUUAUGCAGUCUGGCAAAGCAUCCCAGGGACCUACCUGACUGUCCGAGCUUCAACGCAACAACCAAUUCCUUCCAAAUCCACAGUCAACCCCACCACGGUUUCAACAUGGCAACUCACUACUUCCAGAACCAUGGUAACAAACACGGGAAAACGUCAGAAGCUGGCCUGGAUUGUAGCGACUGCGUGUGUAGUGAUAGUGCUCAUUGCUAUCAUGGCGAUAGCAGCUACUGUAUACGUCCGCAAGAAGAAACGUCAGCAGCGAGGUAAUAUCAGGAAAGGGAGCAUGGACAUCGAUCGAGGUCUAAACGGCUCCCCAGUGAAGGACGUGGAUCAAUCCCAGGAAGAUCCUGGUGCCCCAUGCCAACCUGAGACAGUGGCCACUGGUGAGCAGCUCGCCCACCCGGAAGGCCUGGUCUACGCCUCUGUGCAGGUCGGAAAAGGAGCAGGAAUAAAAGGCCUGAAGAACGGGAGCACGGCCCCGCGAGGGGGUGGAGACGUUGUGUACGCUGCCGUGCGGUUCCAGCCAGACUCUCGCUAGAUGUCCACCCCCCCUCCUUGACUUCCACCCCCUCCCCAUUCCCCCUCCUCCCCUCCUCCCACCUUCAAUCCCCUUUCCUCUUGCCUCACAGGGUGCUGAGGCCUACUGGAGGAAGAGACAGGCCUUGACCCUGCUGGCCUGAAGUAGGCCUUUCUUUGUCGCUGCCGAAUGGGUCUGUUCGACUCCCGAUUGGGCGCUCCCCCUUUGUGUUCUCUCACCCUCCCCUCCACCCCUCUCCCCUAACACCUUGGCUCCCCCCCUCACCCCUGAAAAUGUGUUGCUGGUUAAAGCGCAGCAGGUCAGGCAGCAUCCAAGGAACAGGAAAUUCGACGUUUCGGGCAAAAGCCCUUCAUCAGGAAUGAGGAGAGUGUGCCAGGCAGGCUAAGAUAAAAG